AUGGCUGCCCCUCAAAAGCAAGGACUUCGUCUCGGUUACACCGCGCCCGACUUUAAGGCUGACACCACCCAGGUUAGUUGACAUGACUUUGUACUCUCAUCCUGGGUCAUCGAGUACGCACGGAGCUUCGGGCGAAAGAGUUCCUGAAGCGAACCGCCACGUUCCUAGAUUUCAGUUGACUGAUGUGUCAUUGUUUCCUCCUUUUUCCUUUCCGUUCCGGUCUAUUUAUCUUUAUGACCGUUUAGGGCCCCAUCUCGUUCCACGAGUACAUUGGCGACAGCUGGGCCAUCCUCUUCUCUGUGAGUUUGUCCCGGAAUUUGAAGGGCUCGGCAAUUCGUCACGCUCGCGAAAGCCGGCAACCCCGGAACCCGUGGUCGCUCGAAAGAAGCCCUUGACUGACCCAAGAUUUCCCCCUUUCCCCCUGCGCCCGGUCUGAAUUGUCGAUUUAGCACCCUGCCGACUUCACCCCCGUCUGUGAGUAUUCCUAUCUUGUCUUCAACUGCUGCCUCUGAUCUAAGGGCUCACCUGGACAACUCGACUCUAGGCACGACCGAGCUCGGAGAGGUCGCCAAGCUCGCAGAUGAGUUCAAGAAGCGCAACGUCAAGACGAUCGGUCUGUCGUGCAACGAGCUCAAGUCGCACCACGAGUGGAUCGCCGACAUCAACGAGCUGAGCAACGUCGACCUCAAGUUCCCCAUCAUCUCGGACCCGACGCGCGAGAUCGCCAAGCUGUACGACAUGCUCGACGAGCAGGACCUGACCAACAUUGACGAGAAAGGCAUCCCCUUUACCGUUCGAUCCGUCUACGUCAUUGACCCCAAGAAGGUGCGUCGGUCGAGCAUUUGACAGAAGGGCUUCCUUUCCUGUUGCUCCUUUCCUGACAAUGUGUUUUUGGUCCAACCCCGGCACAGACCAUUCGUCUCACCCUUACGUACCCCGUAAGUUGUUUUGAGGUGACUCCUUCAGUCUUUGCGAAAUUUCGGCACUGACGGGUCUUCGCUUCGCUCGACCCAGGCCUCGACCGGUCGUCAAUUCAACGAGAUCCUCCGAGUGAUCGACUCGCUCCAGCUCGGAGAUGCCAACAAGAUCACUACCCCUGCCAAUUGGCAACCCGGUGGAAAGGUCAUCGUCCACCCUUCAGUCAAGACCGAGGACGCGCACAAGAUGUUCCCCAACGGUGUCGAGGUCGCCAAGCCUUACCUCCGCUUCACCACUCUCUAA